GUGAAGGCGGUCGACCUCUUCAUAAUUCGGUCGACCUGUUAGGUGCACAAGGGUUGGCCUAUGAGAUAUUUGGGUCGACUUUUCAUUAUGUUAGACCACCAAAGCGGUCGACCAUUGAUGACUCGAUAUUUGCACAUGUUUUCCCUUUUGUUUCUUGAUCGUUUAAGCUUGCAUUAUUGCUUCUUUGGCCUAUUUUACGCUAGGUUGUGUUCCUUUGUCACAUUUCAGGUCCUAGCACAUAAAGUGAAGCGUAGGCGCAAGUUUCAAGUCAAUCGGAGAUCAAUUGGCGACUCGGGGGAAGAAACUCGGGUAUGACUUGAAGAAGAAGGGAUUUCUACCCCAGUUUGUGACCAUAUAAUCAUGUAAUUUAUCAUGAGAAGAAAGAGGACGAGAAUACGAGCGUCUGGGAUCAAACGGCACCUGAUUUGGAGUCCGAACGAGGGAGAAACGAAGAAUCAAAGAUAGGGGAAAAUUGGUUUCGGGCUUCUCUGAGAAACAGAAGGGGGCCCUAUCGUGAAGCUAAAAUCCCCGGUAGGGGAUUUUUGGCCUUGAUAGGGGAUUUUCCCAAAAAUCCCCUAUCGUGAACCAAAAAUCCCCGGUCGUGAACUAAAAUCCCCGGUCGUGACCCAAAAAUCCCCUAUCGUGAACCAAAAAAUCCCCUGUCGUGACCUAAAAUACCCUACCGGGUAUUUUGACCGGGGAUCGCGAACGAAGGCUAUUAAAAGCCUGUUUUGUGCGUUUUUGCAGAGGGAGAGCUGGGUUUUGGAUCCCAAACACCCUAGGGACGAACCAAAGAGAGAGAGGGCGAUUUGAGGGCAUUCUUGGAGUGGAAUUGGAGGAUUUCUUUGCCUUGGAAGCUCGAGGAACAAGCCCGGACUUGAAGACUGAUCAUCUGAAGAUUCUUACUGCAGUCUUUCUCUUCUCUAUGGAGUAACUUCCCUUCACUUAGGUUUUGAGGAACCCUAGAUAUGUUUGUUUGAUUGGAUGAUUGUAUGAUUACUCUGACUUGAUAAUCUUGAGUUCAUAUUCAAUCUAUGCAUGUUUUCAUGAUUCAAUUCUGCUUUAGUCAAGAUUAUUGAUUCUGCUUUGAUCCUAUGAGAGGGAAUACCUGAUUAGGUCAAUAGAGCACCAUAGAUUGAUAGUAGUGGAUCGAUUGCUUUAGUCGAGGGUUGAUUCACUGCUUUGUAUCGAUUGAGAACCUCUUUCGAUAGAGGGAGUCUAGUUCAGAACGCCUUGAUCAGUUGUUCUAGAGAAGGAUACGUCCCUCUAGGCAAUUGACUCAAGAGGGCCUUGUUCCUUUAGUCGAGACUCAAGGUCUAGUCAAGGAUUCUCCGCAUUGUGAAUGAAAGUGAAACAAGUUAGAAAUCAUCAAUCGUUAGUCUGGCUAGUGGCUAGGGGGAAUCAUACCUAAGUGAGUUCCCAACCUGUAAUUAGAUUAACUUUAACUGUAGUUUGCUAGAGUAGUUUUAGUUCUUUCAUCUUGAUAUGGUUUGCUAAAUAAUAAACUGAAGCUGAGUAAUAGUAACUCUAGAGACCCGUGGAUUCGAUAUUUAUCACUUGAGUCACUAUACUGCAGUCCCUUCCAUUGGUUACACUUGGCCAUUGUUAGGUGUUGUGUCAUAGCGAGUCAAGUUUUUGGCGCCGUUGCCGGGGACUUUCUAGAGUAUUAGGAAAGGCAGAAGUUUGUUACUUUAGCGUUUUUCUUUUCUUUUCCACCCUUGCUUUUCACUUUGGUGUUUUUGUUUUUGUUGGUGCAGAUCUGAAUCAUGGAUCCUCAUGGCUUCUCCAACAAUUGGGGGUAUCCACCACCACCCGAGUGGUAUUACCCCGAGACUCCCUGGAGCAAUCAAGGAGGAGAAGAAUAUGGAUUCGGGUUCCAGUACCAACCCCCUUACUACGGAGAACAACCGGACCCCUGGCCUUAUCAAGAACAACCUAAUUACCAAGAAGAAUUUUUCCCACAACCAGAGGGGCCAUUGGAGCUGGAGUUACCCAUGGCGGCCUUCACGGGCCAUUCUGCAGAGCCAUGCUACACUCCACAGCCAGAUCCACACUAUGAAUUGAGACUUCUCAUGGAGCAGUUUGCUCGAGACUGUGAUAGAACAUGCUCCAGGAUGGAUCAUUGUGUCCAGGCCUAUCGUGAAACAGAGGAGAUCCUCCUGAGCCUUCAGAAGAGCGUCGAUGAUCUUGAGAGAUCUUGGGCACAACUUGAUCCACAUCACCCUUCUACUACCAUACUAGAAGAGGAGGAGGAAGAAGAAGGCUACAAGGACAUUGUGGAGCACACUAAAGAUGUCACGGAGAGCUCCUGACUGGUCUAAAACACAACACCUAACAAAGGCCAAGUGUAACCAAUGAAAGGGACUGCAGUAUAGUGGCUCAAGUGAUAAAUAUCGAAUCCACGGGUCUCUAGAGUUACUAUUACUCAGCUUCAGUUUAUUAUUUAGCAAAUCAGAUUAAGAUGAAAGAACUAAAACUACUCUAGCAAACUACAGUUAAAGUUAAUCUAAUUACAGGUUGGGAACUCACUUAGGUAUGAUUCCCCCUAGCCACUAGCCAGAUUAAUGAUUGAUGAUCUCUAACCUGUUUCACUUUCAUUCACAAUGCGGAGAAUCCUUGACUAGACCUUGAGUCUCGACUAAAGGAACAAGGCCCUCUUGAGUCAAUUGCCUAGAGGGACGUAUCCUUCUCUAGAACAACUGAUCAAGGCGUUCUGAACUAGACUCCCUCUAUCGAAAGAGGUUCUCAAUCGAUACAAAGCAGUGAAUCAACCCUUGACUAAAGCAAUCGAUCCACUACUAUCAAUCUAUGGUGCUCUAUUGACCUAAUCAGGUAUUCCCUCUCAUAGGAUCAAAGCAGAAUCAAUAAUCUCGACUAAAGCAGAAUUGAAUCAUGAAAACAUGCAUAGAUUGAAUAUGAACUCAAGAUUACCAAGUCAGAGUACUCAUACAAUCAUCCAAUCAAACAAACAUAGCUAGGGUUCCUCAAAACCUAAGUGAAGGGAAGUUACUCCAUAGAGAAGAGAGAGACUGCAGUAAGAAUCUUCAGAUGAUCAGUCUUCAAGUCCGGGCUUGUUCCUCAAGCUUCCAAGGCGAAGGAAUCCUCCUUCUCUACUCCAAGAAUGCCCUCAAAUCGCCCUCUCUCUCUCUUUGGUUCGUCCCUUGGGUGUUUGGGAUCCAAAAACCCAGCUCUCCUCCUCUUUGUUUCGGAAUUUGGCUUAAAACCAGGAAAUCCCGACUCACACGGGCAGGGCCACACGGCCGUGUGGCCUACCCAGUUGCCCGUGUGAGGCAAAACGCACCGUAUCACUUAGUCGAAUUCCAGGCUUCUCACACGGCCAGAGUGGCACGGCCGUGUGUGACUUCCAUCUGCCCGUGUUUGCUCUCGGCAAAACUCGCACGGCCAAGCCACUCCUUCACAUGGCCGUGUGUGUUGUCAGGACAGGCCGUGUUUGCUCUCGCACAAUCUCACACGACCAGAAAUAUGAGUUGCACGGCCGUGUGAUUUGUGGGUGUGCCCGUGUGGCCUCCUUUGUGACUUGCCUCGCGCCCGAUCUUCGCCCAAUCGACCCCGAGCUCGCUCCUAAACCUUCAUUCACUUGCCAGGACCUGAAAUAUCACAAACAAGCACAACCUAGCGUGAAAUCGGUCUAAAACACGAGAAACCACAUCUCAAACGGUGUAAGAACAGGGGUAAAAACAUGUGUAAUUAACGGUCUAUCAAACUCCCCCACACUUAACCGUUUGCUUGUCCCCAAGCAAACCUAACUCAAACCAAUGUAGCUCUCCAGACCUCUAUAGCAACAAACAACCCAGAUCGUAGGUAGAGGACUUCCUAGAUCAUUUAGCAACUUACGAGGUCAACCAACGCACAAGUCAUCUCAUAGCUUCUUCGGCGAGAGCACUAGUAUCGAGUCGGCAUCAUGGCAAAUAGUGAACAGAGGACAAAUGAAUUGUGGAUGAAGAGAUUCUCAAAAACAAAAGAUCAUGGACUCA